AUGGAGGAGCUCGCGCUACAACCUUUGCGUUAUCGAUUGCGAUCUCGUGAAUUGUCCGUGCGCAGUGGUUCAAGAUUUGUGACCUCAGGCUUACAAACGAUAACCCCGAAAGAGACGACCAAUAUUUGGACUACUGCGCAGAAACAACAGCAACAAAAACGACCCCGACUGGAAUCACACGAACAGAGAAGAGAUGUGAUUCUUCGACGUCUCCGAAAGCAAACAAUACAAGAACAGAAAUCAGCACAAGAAAUUCUCACUCUCGAUUUCAAGGGACGGGAUGAACCAAAAGAAAAACGAUCAGAUGCAUUGACCGACACGCAAUUCGGUGCAUUCCUGGCCGAAUUGAUUUCUCGAAUCGGAUCCCUGGACCAGGUCUAUCAGUUGAUCUCUGAGGCGCUCGGACGUGACCCGAUCGCACUGACCACACUAACCCAAGUGCUUGGAUCGCGGUCUACACGUAAUGCGUUUUUCUACACCCUACGCGCGCCUCCGCAUGCAUUUCGAUAUUUGGCUUCCCUAAUGGGAUCGAGACAGAAUUUACGGAAAAUUCUAUCCAAAAUUAUAGACGGCAACGUAAAUGAUUUCGAUUUUCUCUCUGAGAAAUUACAAAGUGAUACAUCUGUUCACAAUCUGGUUGAAACGUACAAGGAAGCACGGAGAGAGGCGAUCCAAAUCGUGCAAUCAUUCAUGCCUUUAUCUUCGUCCAGUGAUUCAAUUGUAGACAUGAUCAUCGACGGUCAAGAGAGUGAGGAAACUUUGACCGAACUGAUCAACGGAUCCGGGCUUGACGCGAAUCUGGAAAUACGUUUGUCUGUGCUUCCGAAAAUCACCGCAAGCACAUUGAAAAUGAUUUCCGAAUCGAUUCUCAGUUGUGAUGUGAAACGAUUGAGAGAAAUCAGAGUCACCAAAAUCCCACCGCGUCGAAGUUCCAGCAUUUCAACGCAUAAAGUGGAUAGAAAAGAAAGGUGCGUCCGUGUGACGGUGUUUAUCGAUCGCUCGGAUCUGACAUCUCACACCACUCACCCGCUUACCAGUCAAGUACGAAUAUCGUUCCCCCGUUUGCACGACAGUGCUACAGAGGCCAUCGAUAGACCGAAUGAGUGGCGUUGGUGA